AUGGCAACAGCUAGUUCAAGCCAAGGAGAAACUCAAAGACGACGUUUACCGAAAUUAACACCACCACCAAAUCCAGUUAGUGCAAGUAGUGAUGAAACACCGCGUACAACUACUGGAGAAGAUACUGCUCGAGAACGACGACGUGCUCGGCAACGAUUAGCUUAUGAGGGAACACCUGAUGGCCGAGAAAUAGCAUCACCACCAACUGUCAAAGAUACAUCGUUACCACCGCGAUCGAAUCCUGGUGAUGAUCGCCAAACAACGAAACGACGUAAAGCUCGUCGCCGUAUUCAAUCAUCAUCAAAUGCAGAACAAGAGCCAUCACUUCUUCGAGGUUUCGAAGACGAAGUUAUCGUCGAAAAAUCGAAGAAAUCCAACGAACUAAUAUUACCAGAUCUUUUAUUAUCAAGUACAUAUGCUGGUACUACACCUUCAAAAAAUGCUCCGACACCUCGCAUUUAUUUCGAAGAUAAGAAUAAAUUUUCAAGUGUGAACAAAGAUGCUGCUACCGUACGUUUAGGCAAUCGAUCAGGACAAUCACCAUUUACGCUUGGUCAUGAUGAUCAUCAUACAUUUCAACAGCAGACAGCUGAAGUUUUAAAACGUUUCACUGUGCAAGUAGCUAAACAGACACAUAGUGCUCUGCAAAAAUUCUUUCUCUUCAUACACGGCAUCAAUGCUGGUUAUGCAUUAUGGGUGUGUGUAUUCGCAUUCGUGUUCACCAAUGACAAUAGUGUCUGCCAAUUUUUUCAAGUCUAUCGCAACAUUGCAUUAAUUACACAUCUCUUAUUUUAUAUUUUUCUGGCUAUUUGUAUGGUCGAUGUAUUAGAUAGGAUUGAUCCUGUGAAAUUUAGUAGAACAGUCUUAUUACAAACAAUUACUGCACAAAAUAGUGGACCGGCUUUACUCUUAUAUACCGUAGCUAUGGUAGUUAAUUUAGUGAUGAUGAAAACAGAAGAUUAUUUACGUGUGACUCAGUACACAGAUAAUUUGAGUGAAUUGAAUAUAAAUGUCAAGUAUGCAGUUACGGUUUAUCAGGAUACUUGGCGUACACUAACAGCUAUUCGAGCAGCGUUCAGUGUAGUUGCUUGGUUUAUUGUCAGUAUAAAUGCAAAGAAUGAUCGUUUAAGUUUGAUGAUAAAAAAUACGGAAGAUAAAGCGUUCUACGAAGAGUUAAAAAUUGAACAGAACAUUGUUCCACUUACAACUGGAAUCGCUUCACCUUAA